GGGUACCGCAUCACAGUUAGUUCCACAAUAGUCGGCAUCGUCUUAAUGGUGGCUGGCUUCCUGUUUGCAUUCUUUGGAAACAAGUUCUUCAAACUCACAUUGUCUCUUGCCGGAUUCUAUGUCUUUGCCACGCUUGCUUGGAUCGCAUUAAAGAAUUUAGAGCCCUCACAAGGUUACGGCCCCAAUGCAGAGUGGGUCUACGUUGGUGUUUCUGCUGCUGUAGGGAUGAUCGGUGGUUGUAUCUUCAUGUUCUUCUGGCGCAUAGGGUUUGCUGCAGUUGGCGGUGUGGCUGGGUUUUACUCUGCAAUCUUUAUCCUCUCCUGGGCAUCCUCUGGCCUCAUCUCGGAUGGCACAGGUCGCACAGUUUUUAUCGUCUGUUGCGUCAUAGUCGGUGUCGCCUUAACUUUCUUCCUUGACAGGCAUAUCGUCAUCUUGGGCACAGCUAUUGUAGGAUCCGGGUCAUUCUUUGUAGGCUUGGAUAAUUUCAUUCAUACAGGUUUCCAAGAAGCGUUUACAGCCUUUUUAUCUGGAAAU